UUCGGCCAACGGUCGGCAGAUACGAAUAUUUCAGGCGGCACUGUCUCCCCCAAUGAUGCACUGCCAUUCGUGACCGAAGACGACACCUUCCGUUUUUGGAGAAGUUGGAACGGCCGUUUACAGCACUGUACUUCGCUGUUAAGUUGGCGCCCACGUUGUCUUCCGUCUUCUGUCGUCAUCGUCUUCUGUUUCAUGGCUGACGUGUUCCGCAAGCUGCCGCUGCUGCUUCUGGUUGUCCUGUUGCUGUUCCUCUUGGUUGUCUUCCACGUGUGUAUCCUUGGGAACGUACCGCGGCGUCGAAGCAAAAGAAGGUCUUCGAUGAAGGACACCCGGACGGAGGCACGGCAGGCGAUCCCAAGGUCCGGAGGGGAGCAGGUCGGCGGGAGGCGGAGCGGGGAAAGCCUGUGGACGGUUUGGAGGGCGUCCCAAUGGGUUGGGUAUGAGGCAUUGCCACCUCACUUGCCAUCCCUCCCCGGCUCAUCAGACGAGGAGGAGGAGGGGAGACGGCCACGCACCUUGUCGACGAAGGAGAGGGCGAGCAAGGGCUUCAAUUUCACUAUGGAUCGUGCUGUUUACGACGAGAUAGAGAGGUCGACCGAGAUGAACCAUACCAUCAACCCGAAGAACGUGGCAGACACUGGUGCUUCUGGCGGUGUGCGUCUGCCAUCGACGUCGAACGCGGAUCCUGAAUCGGUGGCUGAUGUGGAUAGAGGUGAGGGGCGAGAAGACGACAACGAGGGGUUGACACGAGGUUCUUCCCAGACGGGGUACCCCCGCUGGUUUUGGGAAGAGGAAGAGCACGAGGCAGCAGACUUUCGACGCGCUUACGGAAUGCAUGAGAAGCACGGGGUGCUAAUGGCGUCGACGAUGGAGAGUGCGAGCAAGCGCCAAUGCUCCAUCCAGGUCAUGGAGGUCGCGGCUCCCGCGAAAAAGGGAUGCCAUCAAGCGAAGAAGCAGAGGAAGGUCGUCCAAGGCGGACCCGCAGGCAAUGCGCGAGACGUUCACGAGGAGGUGGUGGUGGAGGAGGAGAUGAUGAACAAGGACGACGACUUUGAAGAGGAGGAGGAACAACCGCUAAAGGGGGAGCGGGACACCUUCCGCACGGCGCGGCGGUGGGGGUGUCGCGGGGAGAUUGGUGGGCGUGUGAAGGAAGGGGCCGCCGCGCAUGAAUCUGUGCAAUGCGUGCAAACGCCUUCGAAAUGCCUCAAUACCCCGCCUGUAGACGUGGCGGGUAGUUCCCAAGUGGCGGUCCAAGGUGAGACGUUGCGAUCUCCUGCGGUGGUGUCGCGCCGCGACGCUGUCACGGCAGCGGGGGAGGCGGGCGAAGUUCCAAAAGCGGGGGAUGGCGGGGUGGUUGGGGAAGACGACGAGGCUCUAGUGCACAGGCUGCGCAGGCCACAUGCGGCGUCACAUGCAAUGUAUCUUGCCACCAAACUUUGGGAGGACAACACACGUUUCUGGAAUGAGACGCAGGGGAGCGCCAUAGUGAAGAUCAUCCAAGAGACGCGCGAGUAUCUCGUGUUAGUGGCGCGGGGAGUGCAGCCUCCGGCUAUUCGAUGGAGCAUCUCCCUUCCACACAACACCAUCCCCCAUCACAAAAUCGAGGAUGAAUCGAAAUUCAAUGCGGCGAAAGAGAGGGCGUUCAAGGUGCAGACAAUCUCGCUGAGGGCGAUCCACGGUUGCGUCUUCAAGUCCGAGAGUAGGCAAAGGGGGUAUCAAUUGGCGUACCAGUACGCCUUGAAUCACUCAGCUACUGAUAUCGCUAGAGCGAUGUGGUCAGCAGAGGACUGGAGCACUUUGGUCAGCCUGAUGUUAUUCCGCACCACACUGGACGUGGAUAUGAAGUUGCCUUUGUGGUUCGUUGGCGCGAACAUAGUGGACAGGCACGAGGACGAUGAGUGCGCGGCUUACCAGGAAGCUUGUGUUCAGCGUUUGGUGCGGGAUUUUACUAGCGCAGUGGGCACGGCCGAAGCAAUGGACGACGGGCUUGUAUCAUACGAGCGUCUGAAGGCCAUGGUAGAGGCGAUGAGGUACUUGCUGGCGGCAACAAUGUGGAUAAUGCGAAUGGUAGGGGACGAUCCAAAAUCGCAUUACGACGCUUGGGUUUUCAUGCAACUCUCUGCGAAGACGAUGCUGCUUGCGUCCAUGAACCGACAAUUUGACGUCCGCCGCCACAUCAUACAAGCCACGCAAGUGAUGACGGACAAGUUGGGGAGACCGCCUCCGACCUUGCCCCCCCCCCCCUUGUGUACAUCCCUGAUUGGGUGUCAAAGUGCAGAGUCACUUUCUUGCACGACGCGACGUUGGCCUCCCCGAUGGAGGCGAAAAGGUUGGAUUGGUUGGGGACAGACCCCCCCGAGGACGAGGAUGAGGUCGACGACGGUAAUGGCAAAGUCGAGGGGUGGUGAUGUGCAUGACAUCGCGAGAGGGAAGGGGAUGACGCCAAACGCAGAUUGGCUAUUGCAGACGGGCGAUUAUCGGAGGCGGCCACCGGGGUGCUGUCGUCAACAUGUUCGGUCUUCGCCGAAGAGGACCGCUGAAUGGUAAUGCGGUUCGUCUGUGGUCAUUGUGUAGGUUGGAGGUGGUCCUCGUGUUCCGCGUCUUCCCUGUUUGCCGUCACUUCUUUGACGAUGGCAGAGAAUGCAAGCAGUCACUCCACGCCAAGUGCAAAGUGUA